AUGAUUAACGAAACUGACCUUCAUAAGGCCUUGUCAAGGGAGUCGUGCGAUAUAGAAGGUGUUCCAUACCGUCCUUUUGCUUGGUCUCCUGAGAUUGAUGAAGAUCUGGAACCGCCGUUUGUUCCUGCUUGGGUGUUUUUACCGGGCCUUCCUCCCAACUUUUACCACUCUUCUGUACUCGAGAUGCUUACGGCACCGAUAGGGAGAUAUAUCCGUCGCGAUAAUCCCACGACGUGUGCCACUCGCACAGAUAGGGCUCGGGUCUGCUUAGAGAUUGAUGCCUCAAAGGAGCAAAUCUCUCAUUUUUGGAUUGGUAUUCCGGGGAUGCCAAGAAGCCGUAGGCAGGAGAUCAUAUAUGAGACUUUGCCGGCUUACUGUUUGAAGUGUCGCUGCCAAGGCCAUAAUCAAAAGACUUGUCGAUAUGGAAGAGACCCGAAACCUAAGGAAAAAGGAGGAAAGAUUUGGGUGAAGAAAUCUGAACAAUUAAAGGCUAAGGGGGAGAACAUUGAUAGUGCCUGUCUGAAUGCAGUUUUUGUGACUAAUUCUACAGCAGAGAAAACUUUAGUUCCGGUUGAUGGCGUGGUGAUAUCUGAUCAAGGAGAACUUAGUAAAGAAGACCCACGGUUUGUCGAGCAGAUGCAAGAGGUCUCGGAGGAGCAUUUGAUGAUGGUUGUUCCUGACUUGGUUGAUGAGAAUAUGGCUGCCAAUACUCACGAGGUUAUCCAGAAAGCUGUGAAUGAUGUUGAAUUUCCGUUGGAUAAUUUUGCCGAUGAAGAUGAUGCGGGUCAAGGCACUGUGGGUAUGCCGAAGUCUGGUUUGUGUGAGGACGCUUUUGGCAUGGGGUCUCGUUUUGAGGUCCUUUAUGAAGGUAAACAGCCUAGCACCGUGGCGCUUGUUGAAUAUGGGCCCAGCUUUCCUUUGGAACGAAUUAUAGUUGAGGAGCUUAAUGAAGAAGUUGAUGAAGAAUUGGCCCAUGAUGGGUGUAUACAUGCCCAGUACGGCUGUGACCCAGUUUGUGCGGAUGAUGAACGUGAGAAAAAUUGCAUUGAUGGCUUUGUUUGCUCUGAUUCUGAUUCAGACGGGGUCUUUGAACAUCUAUCUAAGGAAAAUCUUGUGGUCUCAGACUCGGAUAUUCAGUCAGAAAUGACUCUGAGCGUAGAGGUGGUAGGCCUAGGUUGGCACUGGCGAUGGAGGAGUUUAAUGGUUGGGUGGGCGCUUGUGGGCUCCUUGAUAUGCCUUUCCGUGGAAAUUCUUUAUCUUGGUGUAAUGGUCAUUCUGGAAGCUCCAGCCAUUGGGCGCGUCUUGAUCGUUGUUUUUUUAAUACUGCGGCUCUUGAUACUUUUCCUGAUGCUACUGUGGAAUACUUGGCUCGUACCUCUUCGGAUCAUGCGCCGAUGA